CAGUUGAAUGUUUCAUGGCAGCAUCAGCAGGCAACAUGGAAACCGACGAUCUUUCCGAUACAAUGAACGAUUUUCUUCCGCUGCUGCCGGAAAACAUCAAGCAGGAGCUGUUUGAUGCCACCGAAAAGGGCAACCUGUGUGACAGUGUUGAAAAUAAGAUUGAUGAAGCGGAAACAGCUAAUGAACCACCGGCACCGUCAAAAUGCGUCUGGUGCCAGCAAACGCUCACGCCGAACGAUCAUCCGAAGCUGCUCGAGUGUCUGCACAUCGCCUGUCACGCGUGUGUCAAGCAGAAGAUCACGGAUCUGUCCCACAACUCGCCGCUCAUGUGCCCGGUGUGCAAGAUGGAGAGCCGGCUCGAGUACAUCAUCGACAACGUGUUUCUGAGCGAAACGUCAUCAGCAACCGGCGAGGACAAUCCGGGCAGCGUAGAGUCGACGAAGGACCAGAUCAAGUGUAGCAGCUGCAGUGACGAUGCGAACGCCACGUCCUGGUGUGUGGAGUGUGCCGAGUUUAUAUGCGACAGUUGCGUGCAGGCCCACCAGCGGCUGAAGAUCACGAAGGAGCACACGAUCAAGCCGAAGGAGGCGGCAUGCAGUGAGCAGACGGGCAGCAAUGGGCUGGCCGGGAAGAAUAUCAUGUGUCACAUGCACCCACAGGAAAAAUUGUCUCUCUAUUGUGAAACGUGCGAUCGACUGACCUGUCGCGACUGUCAGCUACUAGAUCAUCGAGACCACAAGUACAAGUUCGCCAACGAAAUUGCCAGCGAAACGAGAAGCAGUCUCAGUGCGCUGCUCAGUGAAAUUAGCUACAAGAAGGUGUUGCUAUCGAGCGCCAUGAAGGUAAUCGAUGAUCGGCAGGCGCAGAUCACCGAGAAGAAGAAAGAACUAUCCAAAGAGAUCGCCGAUUUGGUAGUAAGGCUGACGAAUGCGGUAAACUCGCGUGGCAAGCAGCUCGUGUACCGGUUAAAUCAGGUUUGUGACACGAAGCUUCAGGUAUUGAACGAGAAAAAGGAAGCGCUUCAGUUGCUCUCGGGACACACGGACCAUUGCAUAGAGUUCGUGCAGACCGCGCUUGAUAAGGGCAGUGACAGUGCCGUCCUGUACAGCAAGAAAACGUUGGCCCGACAUCUGCAGAAGGUAAAAAGCCAGCGGGCUGAUAUCCCCAAUCCGGAGAUUCCGGUCCGUGUCCAGCUGUAUCUUUCCAACGUCCAAGAGCUACAGUGCGUGAUUCAACGCAUCGGAACGAUUCUAGUCGAUGGAAAGGUAUACCCACCAACAUCGGCUUCCAGUCCGCAAGUACCUACCGUUCCCGGUCCGGGUCCAAUCGUACCGCAAAGUAGAAGCAAGCAACCGAGCCCAAACGUAACACCACCUCUGAGGCCCGGUAUGCCCGGUCCAGGCAUGACAACACUUUCCUCCAACGGCCCAGGCGGUGGACCGGGUGGAGGAGGAGGUGGACCGGGUGGGGGUGGUGGUUUCUCGCAGGUGCCUCCCAUGUACAAUGGAAGCGGCGGUGUACCGGUUAACGCUCCAUUCCCGCCCAACCAUCCGAUGAAUCGCCCGUUCCCGCAGGAAAAUGGUCCGACAGGUCCGACACCGAGUUUUGGACGGUUCAGCCAAAUGGGACCGCCGAUGGGUAUGCCACCGCAGCAGCAUGUUAGCUCCUCGACACAUCCACAAAAUAUGGACAUUAGUUUGCGCAAUUUAUUGAAUCAAAAGUCGACCGGUCCUCCGCUCCCACCGGGCGGCCUAACGGUUGGCAGUGGUGCAGGGGGUGGCAGUAGUGGUGGUGGUGGUGGUGGUGUUGGUGGUGGUGGUACCGGUAGUAGCGGUGGUUGUGGCAUUGCCGGGGGACACUCAGGCAACAAUAAUGCCACCGGCAGUAACAAUAACGCGCUGGCUAAUAAUCAAUUUACUGCCACAGCAAACUUCAUAGGCAGCGGUGUCUCACCGGGUAGUUCGGGUAGUGGUGGCCCACCAUCGCACCGUCUCUCGAAUCAGCUAGGUGGUCCGGGAAAUUUUUUGGGUGGCCCCGGUGGUGUUGGCCCACACCAAAACUUCAAUCAACCUUCGCCCGGAGGGCCACCUAACAGCGGAGGCAUGGGCAUGGGCGGGGGAGGUCCGGCAGCGGCCGCAGCUGCUGCGGCACGCUUUUCAAACUUUCCCCGAUUCGCGAUGCCACCGUCGAUGAGACACAUAAUGGGCAAUCAGAAUUCUUCCACCUUACUGACACCAAAGCAACAGUCGCUCCGCUAUCCGGGACAGCAAACGCCACCAGGCUAUAGUCCGAACUCACCGCAACCACCUCAACUGCCACCACAGCUUUCCGGUGCGCCCGUUCCUGGCCCGGGUGGUCCAGGUGGCGGUGGAGGUGGUGGAGGAGUGAGCGGUAGUGGCGGAGGGGGAGGUGGUGGUGGUGCAAAGUGGCAUAUACCACAAAACAUGCAAGCUCAGCAAAACAAUGGCUUCUGUGGUCCCUCAGGGCUACAUCUGUUUGGAAACGGACCGAAUGAAUCGUUUAAAAUUCCAUUGAAAUCACCCGAUACAAUGCGAAACGCGAUGCUUAAUGGUAGUGGUUCUUCUGGAGGAAGCCUCUCGCUCGGUGGACAUGGUGGUGGUGGAGGAGGUUCAUCCAGCUCCAUUGGAAGUUCACUUCAUCAUCAUCUUCAUCAUCAUCACAAUAGUCAGCAGCAACAACAGCAACAAAAUCAACAACAACAUCAGCUCCAACAACAGCAGCAACAGCUUCACCAACAACAGCAGCAGCAACAGCAGCAGCAGCAGCAGCAGCAACAACAACAACAACAGCAGCAAUUACACAGUCAGCAACAGCUACAAAAUCAUCUACAGCAGCUACAAAAUGCUCUUCCAAAUGUGUCCUCCACCAAUCCGAAAACGCCGAGUCCGAGCACGAAUGAGCCUGCGAAAGAUUUUGCCGAAUCAAUCGACAAAACGUGCGAAGAUUCGGUAAACGAUCUGAUGGCCACCAUAGCGAAACUAGACUCGAACGGCGUACAAGUACUACCCGAAGGACAUCGUGGCAAAACUACAUCCCCGCAAGUUCACAGUUCAACUGAUCUAAACUCAAGCGCAGGAACUGUUGUUAGUGGUUCUAGCUCGAUCGUUGGUUCUGCCGGUGGGCCGAACAAUAGUGCAACCAUUGUGCUGGACGAUAAAAACCUACCGAAGGAGCUCGAUCCGAACGAGGACUGGUGUGCGGUGUGCAUGGACGGUGGUGAGCUGAUGUGCUGUGAUAAGUGCCCGAAGGUCUUCCACCAAACUUGCCACAUACCGGUGAUUGAUUCCCUACCGGACGAGAGCGAAACAUGGCAGUGUUUGCUGUGCUACAAUUUUGCUGAUUUACCGCCAGAACCGACGGGAGAAAAGCGCAACAUAGGAAUAACGCCACUGGAGCUGAAGAUUUUGCAGCGGAUUGUGCUGGAACUGUUCUGCCAGUAUGAAACCAGCAUGCCCUUCCGUCAGCUCGAGCCGGACACAAACAAAGCGUAUUAUGAUAUUGUGCGAAACCCAAUUUCGUUGACGAUUAUACGCGAAAAGCUAGAAAUGAGCAAUAAUGACCAUUACACCGACAUUGUUUCGUUUAUCGCCGAUGUGAAGCGAUUGUUUGACAAUGUUUAUCUCUACUAUCAGGAGGACAGCAUGACGUACAAGAAUGCUCGAAAGUUGGAAAAGUUCUUCGAACAGCAGCUAGCGAAAUGGUUACCAAAGUAUCUCGAGAUUGAUUGCUACGCCGACGACUAUCCACUGCAGAACACUACGAAACGCACCAAAACCCACCAAGACGACUAACAGUCACUGCAAACCGUAGACGGUGAACCGAU